GUCUUGAGGAGCCGGCGUCUGUGGCGCGGCGGGCGGGGCGGAGGAUGGAGAUGAUGACUGCGUUCUCGGCGACGGUUGGGGCUGUGCGCGAGGCGGCUGCCGAGUAGGCGGUGGGGCGUCAGGCAUGGCGGGGCGGCCCCUUGGCGCUCCCUAGGCGCCGGAGCCAUGGGCGCGCUGAGCAGCCGGGUGCUGCGGCCCGCGGGGCGCGCUGAGCAGCCCGAACCCGCGUCCGGUUCUGGGGGCGCGUCCCGCUGGUCAGACGCGGGCGAGGAUGCGGCCCAGGGCUUCUGUUACUGUCCGGGCGGCCGCAAGCGCAAGCGCAGCAGCGGCGCAUUCUGCUACUGCCACCCCGACUCCGAGACAGACGAGGACGAGGACGAGGACGAGGGCGACGAGCAGCAGCGGCUGCUAAACACCCCGCGCAGGAAAAAGCUAAAGAGCACAUCUAAGUACAUCUAUCAAACAUUGUUUUUGAAUGGUGAGAACAGUGACAUUAAGAUUUGUGCUCUAGGUGAAGAGUGGAGCUUACACAAAAUCUAUUUAUGUCAAUCUGGCUACUUCUCUAGUAUGUUCAGUGGUUCUUGGAAAGAAUCCAGCAUGAAUAUUAUUGAACUGGAGAUUCCUGACCAGAACAUUGAUAUAGAAGCACUGCAGGUUGCAUUUGGCUCACUGUAUCGAGAUGACGUCUUAAUAAAACCUAGCCGUGUCGUCGCCAUCUUGGCUGCAGCUUGCAUGCUGCAGUUGGAUGGUCUAAUUCAGCAGUGUGGUGAGACAAUGAAGGAGACAAUUAAUGUGAAAACUGUGUGUGGCUAUUACACCUCAGCAGGGACCUAUGGAUUAGACUCUGUAAAGAAAAAGUGCCUUGAGUGGCUGCUGAACAACCUGAUGACUCACCAGAGUGUGGAGCUUUUCAGAGAACUCAGUAUAAACGUCAUGAAACAGCUCAUUGGUUCAUCUAACUUAUUUGUGAUGCAAGUGGAGAUGGAUGUAUACACAGCUCUUAAAAAGUGGAUGUUCCUUCAGCUGGUGCCUUCCUGGAAUGGGUCUUUAAAGCAGCUUUUGACAGAAACCGAUGUCUGGUUUUCAAAGUGGAAAAAAGACUUUGAAGGGACGACUUUCCUUGAAACUGAGCAGGGAAAACCAUUUGCGUCCGUGUUCAGACAUUUAAGGCUACAGUACAUUAUCAGUGAUCUGGCUUCUGCAAGGAUCAUUGAGCAGGAUUCUCUGGUACCUUCAGAUUGGCUGUCCUCAGUGUAUAAACAGCAGUGGCUGGCUAUGCUCCGGGCUGAACAAGACAGUGAAGUGGGACCUCAGGAAAUCAAUAAAGAAGAGCUUGAGGGAAACAGCAUGAGGUGUGGCAGGAAACUUGCCAAAGAUGGUGAAUACUGCUGGCGGUGGACAGGUUUUAAUUUCGGCUUUGACCUCCUUGUGACAUACACCAAUCGGUACAUCAUUUUCAAACGGAAUACACUGAAUCAGCCAUGCAGUGGAUCUGUCAGCUUACAGCCUCGAAGGAGCAUAGCAUUUAGAUUGCGAUUGGCUUCUUUUGACAGUAGUGGAAAACUCAUAUGCAGUCGAGCAACUGGCUACCAAAUACUGACACUUGAAAAAGAUCAGGAGCAAGUGGUGAUGAACUUGGACAGCAGGCUUCUGGUCUUCCCUUUGUAUAUCUGCUGUAACUUCCUGUACAUAUCACCAGAAAAAAGAACUGAAAGUCACCGUCACCCGGAAAUCCCAGGAAACUGAAGGAAGCACUCCGUGGGAAGAGGAGCACUCUGAAAACUGUCAAGGGCAGCUUUAACGUCACAGCCUCCUGCGUUCACGUCCAAGGUGACUAACAGUGCUGGGCCCUUAUGGACUUCAUGGACGCUGCAGGGGAUGUCCUCACCCGCAUCACGUCUCUAUGCACAUGUGAAAACGUACUGUAAACUAAGGCAGUACCUGUCAAACCUUGUAUGUUAAAAGGAUAUCAACUCUCGCUUUAAUUUAGUAGCAGUAGAAAAUUGCUUUCGAUAAAUUUCUCAUUUCUUUGCAACAAAAUAUAGAUUGAAUUUUGAGCUUGAAUUACCUGCCCGAUGUAAGUGAGCUUCUCCUUUUCAUCUGUAAAUUUGUUCUGUUUUGUUAAGAGAAUGCUAAGGGCAUAGCUUGAAUGGUCAGUUAUAAAUGCUCUUUCAGCUGGUGCCCUUAACGCCGUCUUUUAGGUUUUCAGUCGCUUGUUGAGACUUCUACUGAGUCUGAGACCUUCCAGUCUCGCCGCUUCCCAUCAGAUCCUUCUCGUGGUUUGGGAGACUAGGCUUAGGAACUGUUUCUGUUUCAGUUUUGUUUGUUUUUGUUUUUAAUCUAAAUUCGGGCAUUUUUCAUAUUUUUUAAACUUUAACUUUCCUACAAUUUUAAAUGACAACAACAAUCAGCUUUAGGACUUGAAAUAAACUUGAAUAAGGGAAAUCGGUUUGAUUCUGAGAUAUUCCUUCGCCUUAUGUGCGCGGUCUUGUCUGACUUUCUGUGUUCUCUGUUAUGAGUUAUUUAUGUAGAAUACUGCAUUUUCAAACAUUUUGUGUUCUCUGAUCGUUGGAAUUUAUCUUCAAAUUUUAGUUGGGAAUCUUGUUUCCUACUUAAGCUCAGGACUUUCUAACCUCUGAACUGAGUGCCUUUGAGUCAACAUGCAAACGGAUUCGUGGUGAAUGUACAGGAGGAGCUGGAACAAAGCCUUCGUGCUAGAACAACCUAUUUUUGUCAAGAAUGAGAUGUAUGCUGUCAUGAUUUGUAUACAUUGGUUCUUUGUGUUUAUUGCUAUUUUGAAAAUAGCCACUCUCAUUUUCCUCCAGUCAGAGUAAGUGCUUUUGUGGUUGAUGUAUGUUUUAGUAGUUUUUUUUAAAUUGGAAUCAUUUUUAUGUAUCUGUUCAAAUAAAAUGAUCAUUU